CAGGCGUUUUGAUCUUGUCAUGCAUGCUAACCAGCCUGUAAAACAAAGCAGAUGAGGCAACAAGACUAACUGUUCACUGGAUUGAACACUUGCCCCCCACCGGAGCCCAUGAUCAAUUAGACAGAACCUGUCUCGGAUUUAGGGGUCCUGGGGACGAGCACGCAUGGAAGCAUCCAAGCGCGUGUUGUCGGCCGCGUCGUCACGCUUGUCCCGGCUGGUCGACCUCACCGGUCGGUCUGGAUGCCUCAGGCGUGCAAACUUUUGUGACCGGGUACCGCCGGCUUGGCUGGUAGAUGGCGUGCAUAGGCGGGGCGAAGCUCCCCCCUUACUGCGGGGUAGCUUGAGGCAAACCGCAUGGCCAACGCGAGCUCAAGCUGUCGCAGCUCGGGGGUAUUCCAGCAGCCACAGCAACAACAAAAACAACAACAUCAACACCACACCCGCGACCAAGAGAUUCUAUUCUUCCUCCACUUGCUCGAUUUCUCGGCGGCCCAAUCUCUGUGUGGCUUCAUCAUCUCAACCCCGAGUCAGCAGUGCACUCUCCUUGAAACGGAAUUGUACAAGCUUGACCCCAAACUCGGCGAUUCUAGCUGUGAACAUGUCGGCUCGUGAUAUCCUCCCGGACAACUUCCGUCCCGUCAACUAUGACCUCCAGCUUACCGAUCUGGACUUUGACAAUUGGUCCUACAACGGAACCGUUGAGAUUUCUGGUGAACUCACCAAGCCGACUACUGAGAUCGUACUCAAUGUAUUGGAGAUCAAGCUCAAGGAGGCUCAACUGGAAAUCCAGGGCACCAAGGCAACUGUGAGCCAGAGCACCCAAAACUUCACUUACAAUGACAAACAACAACGCGCCACCAUGGUCUUCGAGGAGGAGAUUCCUCCUUCAGCCAAGGCCAGCCUCAAGAUCAAGUUCUCCGGUCUCAUAAACCAUGAUAUGGCCGGGUUUUACCGCAGCAUGUACAAGCCUGCGGUUCCCGCAGCUGCCUCAGUUCCACGAGACGAACAGUUCCACUAUAUGCUCAGCACCCAGUUCGAGGCAUGUGAUGCUCGCCGCGCUUUUCCCUGCUUUGACGAGCCCAACCUCAAGGCCACCUUUGAUAUUGCCAUCGAGAUCCCAAGCGAUCAGGUUGCCCUGAGCAACAUGCCCGUAAAGGAGUCCAAGGAGACGGCGCCAGGGAAGACACUCGUCUCCUUUGACCGUACCCCCGUCAUGAGUACCUACCUGGUUGCUUGGGCCGUCGGUGACUUUGAAUACAUCGAGGCUUUUACCGAAAGGCGGUACAACGGCAAGCAGCUCCCUGUGCGUGUCUACACCACCCGUGGCCUCAUCGAACAGGGUCGCUGGGCGUUGGAGCACGCACCCAAGGUUAUCGACUACUUUAGCGAGCAGUUUGAGAUCGACUACCCGCUGCCCAAGUCCGACAUUCUUGCCGUGCACGAGUUUACCCACGGUGCCAUGGAGAACUGGGGUUUGGUAACAUACCGGACUACGGCUGUACUUUUCGACGAGAAGCUGUCUGAUGUUCGAUUCCGCAACCGCGUUGCCUACGUGGUUGCUCACGAAUUGGCUCAUCAGUGGUUCGGCAACCUUGUGACUAUGGACUGGUGGGACGAGCUUUGGCUCAAUGAAGGCUUUGCUACCUGGGCAGGAUGGCUCGCUACUGAUUACCUCCACCCUGACUGGAAUGUCUGGCCUCAGUUUGUCAACGAGGGAAUGGGCAUGGCAUUCGAGCUUGACUCCAUUCGCGCCUCGCACCCUAUCCAGGUCCCCGUUCGCGAUGCACUUGACGUGAACCAGAUCUUCGACCAUAUCUCAUACCUCAAAGGAUGCAGUGUAAUUCGCAUGCUGGCGUCGCAUCUUGGUGUCCGCACCUUCCUCAAGGGUGUUGCUAUGUACCUCAAGAAGCACCAGUACCACAAUGCCAAGACUGACGCAUUAUGGUCGGCCUUGAGCGAGGCGUCUGGCACUGAUGUUAACGCUCUUAUGGCGCCCUGGAUUGAGAAGAUCGGACAUCCAGUUCUUACGGUUACGGAGAAGUCCAGUGAUGGCGCCAUCAGCGUCAAGCAAUCGCGAUUCCUGUCCACUGGCGACGUCAAGCCCGAGGAUGACACCACCACUUGGUGGAUUCCUCUGGCGUUGUCGGGCAAGGUCGGCACAGCCGAAGGCGAAGUGCAGUCUCUUUCUCUGACAACCAAGGAGGAGACUAUCACCGGUGUCAGCGAUGAAUUCUACCUGCUCAACUCCAACGCAACUGGAUUUUACCAGGUGAACUACCCAGCAGAGCGUCUGGCAAUCUUUGCCAAGCAGCUUGACCGUCUGGGCCCAGCGGACAAGAUUCGCAUCUCUUCGUCUGCAUCAGACCUUGCCUUUUCCGGAUACGCAAAGACUUCAUCUCUGCUGUCCUUCCUGGAGGGCUUCAGCAAUGAGACGGAAUAUCUCGUUCUUGCGCAGGCUCUUGACGCAGUUGCCACUCUCAAGUCCGUAUUUGGCGAGGAUGAUGGCAUUCGUGCUGGUCUGAAUGCAUUCUCGUUGAAGCUUAUCGAGAACCAGGUUGACAAACUCAGCUUUGACGUACCUGCGAAUGACAGUUACACCAACAGCCUCCUACGAAAGAGGAUUCUAUUGGCCGCAGUUUCAAACGGCCACGAGGGUGUAACGGCUGAGGCCAAGAAACGAUUCGACGCCUAUUUCAACAAUGGAGACAAGUCAGCUGUGCACGCCGACCUGCGCAUUACAUGCUACCGAGCAGCCAUCCUCAGCGACCCAGCGACCGCUGUCCAGACGCUCAAGAAGGAAUGGGCAGAAACCAAGGCCGUGGAUGGAAGGGAGGUGUGCCUCGGUGCCCUGGGCCAUGUUCAGGAUGCUGCCAUCAUCAAGGAUGUUCUCCUGCCGUUCCUCUUCGAUGCUUCCCCGGAUGCUGUGCCGCCGGCCGAUGUGCACAUCAUGGCCACGGCGCUGGCUGCGAACCGGGUGGGCCGCCCACUCUUGUGGGAGCGCCUGCGCGACGAUUGGGAAAACUCGGUGGUCAAGAAGCUUGGAGGCAACCCUAUUCUGGUCGACCGCCUGGUCAAGAACUCGCUGGGCAAGUUCACAGAUGCCAAGGUCGUCGACGAUAUCACGGCCUUCUUCAGCAACCAGGACACGUCGGGUUUCAACAGGACUUUGGAAACCGUCAAAGACAAGGUUCGGGGCAGAGCGUCGUACAAGGAAAGGGACGCCCAAGUCCUGAAGGAAUGGCUGAAGGAGAAUGGAUACUUGAACAAAUAGUUGGUAUCGUCCAAGGUUGGUAUUUUUAGGUACCGUAAGUUAAAGAUCAUUAAUCUUUCAACUCUACAUGGAGCGCAGUAGCUCUAGAGAUCACCACAGAAUCUUUGCCUAAUACAGUCCAUUGCAAGAUGCUCAGGCAGGGGCGCCAUGAAGUUGUCGACCUCUGCUUCCCAAAAUUCGUUGUUAGGGUUGACGAAUUUGGCGCGGACAUACCCCCAAACCAGCUGGCAGUAUGGAAUCAACGAUACCAGUGCCCUCGUCGCCAUCAGCUAUAAUGUUCAUGCUCCUGAUGUUCGCGUGGAUUAAAACAACAUUGUCACCUUCAGCACGGUAACAGCUUAUAAGCUUGACGAGGUCUUCAUUUUUGAUCCGGGGGUCGUCGAAAUCCACGUCGUGGUCCGCCAAGAAGGCGCCGUGAAACUUGCGAGCCGACUCGAACGGCCCGCCAAAAUUGCCAAAUGGCGUAUCCAGACGCGGGUCAAAAAAGGGGCCACAGAGGACGUCGCCGACCACCGUACCGCUGUUGGAUUGGGGCACAACGCGCAACUCUUGCAACACGUAGCGCAGCUGUUGGAAGAUUUUCUGCUUGGACUAGCCGAACCUCUUGUGCCAGCUGAAAGGCAGUUGGUCUCCACUGAUCCGACUCAUGACGAUAUAUUUGUGACCUUGGUGGACAAAGGCGCACUGUAUUUUUGGAACAGGUAUGUUGAUGUGUCGGGCGAGGAAGAUGACUGCGUGUGCUUCGGCCAGGGUUGUCAUGCGCUCAACUUUGGGGAAGAGACCUUGUUUGCACAGAAUCCAUUGUGAUGAGUUUCGGAGCGAUCCACAUAGAAAGUACGGACUGUUGCAUUUAUGGACAAGGAUGGCAGCCAUGCGCUUCCAGCGAUUGGCGUUGAUGAACUCAUGCUCGGGGCUUGAGCCAGUCAUGGCGGACGGGGCUUGGCUUUCCCCAUUCAAAAACAAACAUCGCGCCCGGAAAACCAUGCUGCAUACGUUGGCGAACAUCCAACAGUUUGAUUACCUGCUGUAGGUCAGUCAAAACACGUGGCUUCUAUCUGAUCACGUUAAAUACCUACCCAGGUACCUACCUACCUACCUUACCUAGCUCUCUAGCUAGUUACUCUUCAUGGCGGGCAUCACAUUAAUGUUUGCAACACUUGCCCAGUUGUCAAUAUUAUUAGACUAAAUUAUAUAUACUAAUGACUCCAGCUGACUAACUUUUAUUUGCAUUGCCG